AUGUCCCUCCGAGGGAGGCCGUGCACAAGGACAUCUGGAAAAAAGCCCAGCUCUGGAGAAACUCUGCCUGCUAUCUGGGGAAUGUGGGCUUGUGUUCACCAAGGAGGACCUCACUGGGAUCAGCGGCAUGCGGCUGGCCGAUCGGGUGUCCGCUGCCGCCUGUGCAGAACAGCCGUGGAAGCCAAGGCUCCGAGAAGACAAGUGGCAGACCCAGGGGCCACGGGGACGUGGGAGGCGGCCAUUGCACUCUAG